UGCGCGCGCUGUGUGAGUUUGGCGCGCUGGGUGAGUUGGUUCUAAGCGCGUGACGGCGGGUAUAAAUACGGUGCACGCAGCGCGCGGCGCACUUUCACACACAGUCCUGUUUCACACACCUCGGUCACUCUCGGUAAAGCAGCACUCACACGCACAGAGACAGAGUGAAGAGAUGUCCACAUUGAGCGCGCUGCCGUUCUUCCUGAAGCCGCUGCACGGGCUCCCGGGCUCUCCGGUGUCCCCCGGCCGCCAGCGCAGACACACACUGCCCGCCAGCGAGUUCCGCUCCCUCAACACCGAGGACGCCACCAGCGUGUUCGAGAUAGAGAGAGAGGCCUUCAUCUCCGUGUCGGGAGAGUGCCCCCUGCACCUGGACGAGGUGCGCCACUUCCUCACCCUGUGUCCUGAGCUUUCUCUGGGCUGGUUUGUGGAGGGCAGGCUGGUGGCCUUCAUCAUUGGCUCCCUAUGGGACCAGGACCGCCUGACCAACGAUGCCCUGACCCUCCACAAGCCUCACGGCACCACCGUCCACAUCCACGUCCUGGCCGUCCACCGCACCUUCCGUCAGCAGGGCAAAGGCUCCAUCCUGAUGUGGCGGUACCUGCAGUACCUGCGCUGUCUGCCGUACGUCCGCCGGGCCGUGCUGAUGUGCGAGGACUUCCUCGUGCCCUUCUACCAGAAGUCAGGCUUUAAGGUUCAGGGCCCGUGCAAGAUCACCGUGGGGCCGCUGACCUUCAUCGAGAUGCAGUGUCCCGUACGCGGUCACGCCUUCAUGCGGCGCAACAGCGGCUGCUGAGGAUCCUCACCAUGCUUUCUUCAGUCGUGAUGUUCUGUUUGUUGUUUUUUCUUUUCUUUUGGAGACCCCGAAGACCAAAGUCGACCGAGUGGAGUGGUUUGUGGGAGGCAGGCCGGGGGCACGUUUUGAUGCAGCUUUUAUGCAGUUUAUUGCUGUAGGUAUGUCGUGGCGUGUCUGAGUGCUUGUCUGCUUUUUUGGCAUUGGUGUUGCAAAUGUACAGGAGGGUCAUAAUUUACGAAAAAGAAAGAAAGAGAUGAUGGUGAUUCAGUGAUGGAUCAAUUCUGUAGAAGUUAGGGGUUGAGAUGGGCGGAUUGGGCUAAAACAUGAACAGGUCUUGGGUUGGGAUUAGGCCUAGUCGUGUACUAUAUCAUCACUGAAUAUAUUUUCCUUUCAAAAGAAAACAUCCAUUCAGAAUCUUGUGUAGUUCAAGACUAGGCUUAAACCCUGUCUCGAAACUUUCACUCGAAUUUUCACUCUAAGGUCUUCAAAGUGGUGGUGAAUGGAAGCAAUCGUCACCUGACAUGACAAGUUAAAAUACUAAUAUAGUCAUUUUAUUUACUAUCCAAACACAAAAAUUCACUGAAUGUGAUGCCCAACUUAUUUGGGCAGGGACUACUUUUUCUUAAACCACCUUGCAUAUAUCCUUCCACAAGAAAAGCACUUUCAGACCAAAACCUUUUUAAAACAGUGUCUCAGGCAUCAGUCAGGGAAUUCACAGAACUCCUUUCAAGCACCUUUAAGUUUUAAAACUCUUAAAUUUCUAUUCAUCACCAUUGUGAAGAAUUGGGACUGGGUAAUUUUCUCAACUGACUGAACCAUUAAACAUUAACUGUCAUCUUAACAAAAUCAUGUAGAUUUACCACCUUUAACGAGAGCAUUCUUCAGAUAUUCUAGAUUGUUACAAUAGACAGAUUAAAUACACGUCGCCGCAACGUAGAGCUUCAGCUUAGAGGCUAAUUAAUCAUUCAGCAAGACUCCUGCAUGAAGUUAUUUAUUUUUUGUACAUUUUUAUGUCAAUGAAUAUUAAAUGUAAAUGCAUUUGAUUACUCUUUAUUUUUCUAUCACUCAUAAACCUUUUUCUACAUAGGGUUAGGGUACUAGGGCAUGCAUCCAUUUCUCCCCGAUUAAAGAAUGCGUUUCACGGUUUGAAUUCACAUGUGGACCACAAAACAUGGUUUCAAGCGGGGGCUUUGAAGGUUAUGCGUUGAAGGCUGUUGUUCUUCAUGCUCGUUCUUUGGCUCGUUGUUGCUUGUUUUGUCUUGUCGUUGAUCUAGAUGUGUCUCUUCAAUGGAAGCAUUAAAUUAGCAUCAAGUUGACACCCUGUUACUGUGGUCUCUUCUGAUCGAAGACCCAGACAAGGAGAGGAACAUGCUCUCAUGAAAAUACAGAUGCCAAAAGGAGAAGAACUGCUUUUGGUUUCUUGAGAAAAAAAAAUUAAAUAGAUGGUGAACUUGUAGAACCAUUGGUGUGGAAUUGUUAGGAAAGGUUCUUUAAGCCACCAAAAGUUUUUUUUAAGAACUUUAUGCUUUUUUGGGACCUGUAUUUUUUUAAGAGAGUGGGAUCAUCUAAAAAGCCCUUGAAACACAAAUAUAACAAGUUUAGAGUUAAAUUUGAUCUUCAUAUGAGAUUUUUAAAGCUUAUUCCAAGUAGUUCUUCCAAUUUUCAAUCAAACUCUAAUAAUGUACACUGGUAAAAUUAUUAAAUCCUUUGGAAACUUUGGAGGUUACCUUAAGGUGCUUCAAGAAACAUUUAAGGGGUUCUUCCACAAUUUUAAACUGAAGAAUACUUUUAACAGUCCUAUUAACUGCUCCACUCAACUGUACCAGGUCUAGUUCAACAAGACAAUGCUUGAACUAACUACAGUCAGUCAUUGUUCUCCACUUCAGCACAACUUCAAAGAGGUAUAAAGAAGGACUCCCAGAACUGAUCCCAGAUCAGUUUUCCUAAGCGCUGACCUCUGCAGGGUCACACCCCAUUCAAGUCUAUGGAGCAUUAGAGGUGUGGAGUGAUAGACUUCUUUAUCUGCAUUAGGACGCAUUACAGGGCAUAAACACAGUCUGGUUUGGCAGAGCAGCUGUUUACCACCCAGCACUUAAGUAACGUUCACAAAACCCGUUUACGAAGCUGCCGCAGAACACAGAACUCCGGGAAUAACAUCAACCCAAACACGUUUAGAAAACCCUCCCUUUUUUAAUGGAAAAAAUGGGUAGAACACGGUACCUGAGAGACAGCGGAGAUGAAUAUGCCUUUCCCUGUAGACAGUGACCACCUUUGCCUCUAUGGAGUCUUGAAUCAAGACAUCUAUGAUUUUGUACAUACAUGUUUUGUAAAUAGAAAAAAAAAAAUCACAAUAAAUGUAUUUUUCACAA